AUGCGUCUUUUGCAACGCUAUGACACUGGUAAGAUUGCUCUUACUCAGUUUAGCGAUGAGGAUGUUCCUCCAUAUGCGAUACUUUCGCAUACUUGGGGAGCGGAUGCCGCAGAAGUCACCUUUGAAGACCUAAUGAAUGGCACUGGCAAGGAUAAGCUUGGCUACAAGAAGAUCUGGUUCUGUGCAGAACAAACAAAUCUGGAUGGCUUGCAGUAUUUUUGGAUUGACACCUGUUGCAUUGACAAGAGAAGCAGCACAGAGCUAUCCGAAGCAAUCAACUCAAUGUAUCGUUGGUACCAAGAUGCCAUAGUAUGCUACGCGUAUCUUGCCGAUGUGCCAUCCAAAACCGAACUUCCUGGCAGCAGGUGGUUCUCCAGAGGAUGGACUCUUCAGGAGUUACUCGCACCAUCAGAAGUAAUAUUUUUUGAUGAGGAAUGGAAGAAUCUAGGGACUAGAACAACCAUUCAAAAAAGCGUCUCCAGCUGUACCGGCAUUCCUGAAGGUAUCCUCACUGGAAGCGAUGACCUUGGAAAGGCAAGCAUUGCGCAAAGAAUGUCAUGGGCCGCAAGAAGGGAAACAAAAAGGCUCGAAGAUCGUGCCUAUUGCUUGAUGGGCAUAUUUGGUAUCAAUAUGCCAUUGCUCUACGGAGAGGGAGAAAGAGCUUUCCUCAGACUUCAAGAAGAAAUCAUGAAGAUUUCAGAUGAUCACAGUCUCUUUGCAUGGAGAUCCUCUGACAAUCGCGGGGGACUUCUAGCCACCUCUGCAGCCUCAUUUAAGGACUCCCGCAACAUCGUUCAAUCAACUUCUUUCGACGGCUUUAACAGCCCUUUGACCAUGAGUAGUAGAGGGAUUUAUCUGGAAGUCCGUUUCAUGGGGAGAGGUCCUCAGGGACUAGGACUUGCGAUUCUUCAUUGCAAAGAAAGAAGUGGAGGAGACAAAUUGAUUGCCAUCUACAUAAGAGAUCUAUUUUUGACGAUGGAAAAGUUCUCGAGAGUUUGGAGUGAGGAUUUCGAAAUGUUUGAUCGAAGAAGAUUCAGGUUGUCACAGUAUCCUAUAAGAAGGAUAUGUAUCCAGACAGGGCGGCUGAUAUCGAAAACCCAUCAGAAUUGCGGUGGCAUUGCUCCGGAUAUUUAUCCUGAUGAUGUACUCAAGGAUUUGAUGAGCUUCGAUGAGCCAAAAUCACUACUUCGUGCGGCAAAAAGAGGACUAGAGGAAGUUGUAUGGUUGCUAUUAACACGAAGUGAUAUGGAAGUCAACCUUGAAGAUAGUAUUGGCCUGACUGCGUUAACGCAUGCGGUACUAGGAGGAUAUACGGCAGUCGUUAGGAUACUACUAGCUCGGAGCGAUGUUAAGACUGACUUGAAGGAUAAAUAUGGACUGACACCCCUUUGGUGGGCGGCUCGGAUGAAGAACGAUACUCUCGUCAAGGUACUGCUCAAAUCAGGCAAAAUCGAUGUCGACUCGCGUAAUGAGUGCGGCCAGACGCUGCUAUCUUGGGCAAUUAAGGAAGGACAUGAAGCGACCAUCAACAUCCUACUUGAUGAGGGCGCCGACCUAGAGUCUCGAGACAGCUAUGGCCGGACGCCACUGUCAUGGGCAGCCGAGAAAGGGCAUAAAGCUUUUAUCAACAUGCUACUUGAAAAGGGCGCCGACCUAGAGUCUCGAGACAGUUAUGGCAGGACACCGCUGUCGUGGGCGGCCAGAAAAGGGUGUGAAGCUGUUGUCAACAUGCUACUUGAAAAGGGCGCCGACCUAGAGUCUCGAAACAGGUAUGGCUGGACACCGCUGUCGCGGGCAGCUCAUCAUGAGAACAAGGCAGUGGCUGAUUUGCUGCUCGAAAAAAGCACCGGCCUACAGUUGAACGGUAAACACUAUGAUCAAGAGCAACUGUUAGUGGCAGCAAAGUAUGGACACGAGGAAAUAGUUAGACCACUACUGAGGAAGAGUGAAGUCGACGUCAACUUUAAGGAUAUGAAUGACCAGACGCCGCUGUUUUGGGCGGCAUUUGGAGGUCAUCUCAUCAUAUUAGAGUGUCUGCUUCAAGCGAAGGCUGAUGUUAAUGCAGCACCAGUAAACUAUAGUGGUGGGGGAACAGCACUACAGGCAGCAGCAGCAAGAGGCCAUCUCGCCAUUGUCGAGCGGCUACUUCAAGCGAAGGCUGAUGUCAAUGCAGCAGCAGUAAACUAUAGUGGUGGGGGAACAGCACUGCAGGCAGCAGCAGCAGGAGGCCAUCUCACUAUCGUCGAGCGGCUACUUCAAGCGAAGGCUGAUGUUAAUGCAGCAGCAGUAAACUGUAGUGGUGGAAGAACAGCACUGCAGGCAGCAGCAGCAGGAGGCCAUCUCGCCAUCGUCGAGCGGCUACUUCAAGCGAAGGCUGAUGUCAAUGCAGCAGCAGUCUCAGAGAGCGGAAGAACAGCACUCCAGGCAGCCGCAGCAAGAGGCCAUCUUGCUAUCGUAGAGCGGCUACUUCAAAAGAGGGCUGAUGUAAAUGCUGCAGCAGCCAACCAUAGUGGAAGAACAGCACUGCAGGCAGCCGCAGAAGGAGGCCAUCUUGCGGUUGUCGAGCGGCUACUUCAAAAGUGGGCUGAUGUAAAUGCUGCAGCAGCCUACCAUAGUGGAAGAACAGCACUGCAGGCAGCCGCAGAAGGAGGCCAUCUCGCGGUUGUCGAGCGGCUACUUCAAAAGUGGGCUGAUGUAAAUGCUGCAGCAGCCAACCAUGGUGGAAGAACAGCGCUGCAGGCAGCCGCAGAAGGAGGCCAUCUUGCGGUUGUCGAGCGGCUGCUUCAAGAGGGGGCUAACAUCCAUGGAGGAGCAGCGAGAUAUAGUGGAAGAACAGUGCUGCAGGCAGCAGUAGUAGGAGGUCAUCUUACUAUCGUCGAGCGGUUGCUUCAAAUACUUCAAGACAGGUUGGUCAUUAAUGCAGCAGCAACCAGAGGGAGUGGAAAAACAGCACCACAGGAAGCAGCAGCAAGAGGCCAUCUUGCUAUCGUCGACCGAAUGCUUCGGGGGAAGAUUCUUGCUAAUGGAGCACUACGAGCAGCCGCAGAGGGAGGCCAUCUCACUGUAGUCGAGCGGUUGCUUCAAGAGAAGACCUAUCCCAUUACAGAAACAGCACUGCAGGCAGCCGUAGAAGGAGGCCAUCUCGCAAUAGUAGAUCACCUUUGGAGGAAGAGCACUGUAUAG